ACUUGAGCUGUUGAACUGAGCUGAACUGGGCUCAGGGGAAGGAGGAGUGGGGAUUGAGCCCCUCACCUCCACGUACUCCUCUCUGUGCCUGAAAUUCCUCCAUUAAGCAGCAUCGCUGUCCCCUGUAAACACCCACAUUAAGCCAUUAUUCAUCAUUAUGGCUUGAGUAGGCGUUAGUCCCUCAGAUCCUUUCCUGCUGAAAGCAGGAUCUGAUGGAGAGAGGGGAGGAGAGAUGGAUGGAUCUGGGGACCGCCAGCUGGUCCAGGAGUGGGAAGGAAAGGUGUCUCUCAGACUCUGGAAAAGAGCUGUUUUCUGGGGGAAUGUGGAGUCACUCAGGGUGUCUCCAAGCCAGGCCCUCUGGGACUCAGGCUCCUGAUGGAACCGGAAGGCCCCUAGUCCUGGCAGGAUCUGCCGGCCCCAACCCGCAUCCUCUCUGCGCAGGGACCAUGGCGCUUCCCGGACUCUGGAGCUACCCAGGCGCUGCCUAGUGAUCCGCACGCGACGCGGCGAGGGGGGCGCGGGCGGGGACCCCGGGGACUGUCCAUGCCCCGGGUGCGGCCGCGCCCCCUCCCCCUUCAGCCGGGCACCCCCGCGGCUGGGCGGCGUUCAGAGCCGCGGGGCUGUCCGGGUGCCCCGUCGGGGGUGACAACCCGGCGGCCUUGCUGAGGCCACCAUGUGACACGGCGCCGCUUCGUUGCGCGACCGAGCGGCGGCGCUCUGGUGCCUCCUGUCCAUGCUCCUGGGGCCCGGUCCCGCGCAGGCCAAGCAUGAGGCCGAGGCCCGACGGGAGGGGGCUCCGGGCCGGAGCCGCGCUGUCCCCUGCGCUGCUGCUGCUGCUGCUGCUGCCGCCGCCGCCGCCACUGCUGGGACGUCUGUGGGCCGCGGGUACCCCCGCGCCGUUGGCGCCCGGGGCUCGGCAGGACGGCGCACUGGGAGCCGGCCGCGUCAAACGCGGCUGGGUGUGGAACCAGUUCUUCGUGGUGGAGGAGUACACGGGCACGGAGCCCCUGUACGUGGGCAAGAUCCACUCGGACUCAGACGAGGGUGACGGGGCCAUCAAGUACACCAUCUCAGGCGAGGGCGCUGGGACCAUCUUCCUGAUCGACGAGCUGACAGGUGACAUUCAUGCCAUGGAGCGCCUGGACCGCGAGCAGAAAACCUUCUACACGCUGCGGGCCCAGGCUCGGGAUCGUGCCACCAACCGCCUGCUGGAGCCCGAGUCGGAGUUCAUCAUCAAAGUGCAGGACAUCAAUGACAGCGAGCCCCGCUUCCUGCACGGCCCCUACAUUGGCAGCGUGGCCGAACUCUCACCCACAGGCACGUCGGUGAUGCAGGUGAUGGCCUCGGAUGCGGAUGAUCCCACGUAUGGCAGCAGUGCUCGGCUGGUGUACAGCGUGCUGGACGGCGAGCAUCACUUCACUGUGGACCCCAAGACCGGCGUAAUCCGGACGGCUGUGCCUGACCUUGACCGCGAGAGCCAGGAGCGCUAUGAGGUGGUGAUCCAGGCCACAGACAUGGCGGGUCAGCUGGGUGGCCUCUCGGGCUCCACUACUGUCACCAUCGUGGUCACCGACGUCAACGACAACCCUCCCCGUUUCCCGCAGAAGAUGUACCAGUUCAGCAUCCAGGAGUCGGCCCCCAUCGGAACGGCCGUGGGACGUGUGAAGGCUGAGGACUCAGACGUGGGAGAGAACACAGACAUGACUUACCACCUUAAGGAGGAGAGCAGCAGCGGUGGCGAUGUGUUCAAGGUCACCACAGACAGCGACACUCAGGAGGCCAUCAUCGUAGUGCAGAAGCGCCUGGACUUCGAGUCCCAGCCAGUCCACACCGUGGUCCUGGAGGCCCUCAACAAGUUCGUGGACCCCCGCUUCGCCGACCUGGGCACGUUCCGCGACCAGGCAAUCGUGCGCGUGGCCGUGACCGACGUGGACGAGCCCCCCGAGUUCCGGCCGCCCUCCGGCCUCCUGGAGGUGCAGGAGGACGCGCAGGUGGGCUCCCUGGUCGGCGUGGUGACGGCGCGGGACCCCGACGCCGCCAACCGGCCCGUCCGGUACGCCAUUGACCGCGAAUCAGAUUUGGACCAGAUCUUCGAUAUCGAUGCGGACACCGGCGCCAUCGUGACUGGCAAGGGGCUGGACCGCGAGACGGCCGGCUGGCACAACAUCACGGUGCUGGCCAUGGAGGCGGACAAUCAUGCCCAGCUGUCCCGGGCAUCCCUAAGGAUCCGAAUCCUGGAUGUGAACGACAAUCCCCCAGAACUGGCCACACCCUACGAGGCAGCUGUAUGCGAGGAUGCCAAGCCAGGCCAGCUUAUCCAGACCAUCAGCGUGGUGGACAGAGAUGAGCCCCAAGGCGGGCACCGCUUCUAUUUCCGCCUGGUGCCUGAAGCUCCCAGCAACCCUCAUUUCUCUCUGCUUGACAUCCAAGACAACACCGCUGCAGUGCACACGCAGCACGUGGGUUUCAACCGGCAGGAGCAGGACGUGUUCUUCCUGCCCAUCCUGGUGGUGGACAGCGGGCCGCCCACGCUGAGCAGCACGGGCACACUCACCAUCCGCAUCUGUGGCUGCGACAGCUCUGGUGCCAUCCAGUCGUGCAACACCACGGCCUUUGUCAUGGCUGCCUCCCUCAGCCCUGGUGCCCUCAUCGCCCUCUUGGUCUGCGUUCUCAUCCUGGUCGUGCUGGUGCUGCUGAUCCUCACCCUCAGGCGCCACCACAAGAGCCACCUGAGCUCAGACGAGGAUGAGGACAUGCGGGACAACGUCAUCAAAUACAACGACGAAGGCGGCGGCGAGCAGGACACGGAAGCCUACGACAUGUCGGCGCUGCGGAGCCUCUACGACUUCGGCGAGCUCAAGGGCGGCGACGGGGGCGGCGGCGCGGGAGGGGGCGCGGGCGGCGGCGCUGACGGGGGCGCGGGCGGGGGCGCGGGCAGCCCCCCGCAGGCCCACCUGCCCUCCGAGCGCCACUCGCUGCCGCAGGGGCCGCCGAGCCCGGAGCCGGACUUCUCGGUGUUCAGGGACUUCAUCAGCCGCAAGGUGGCGCUGGCGGACGGGGACCUGUCGGUGCCGCCCUACGACGCCUUCCAGACCUACGCCUUCGAGGGCGCGGACUCGCCGGCCGCCUCGCUCAGCUCGCUGCACAGCGGCUCGUCAGGCUCCGAGCAGGACUUCGCCUAUCUCAGCAGCUGGGGUCCGCGCUUCCGGCCCCUGGCCGCGCUCUACGCCGGCCACCGCGGGGACGACGAGGCCCAGGCCUCCUAGCCCCGCGCCUUGCCGUCGGGGCGCGGCUGCUCCCCCGCCCAGCACCCGCCGGGGUCCCAGGACGAAGCGUUUCCCCCGCGGACCCGCUGCCCCGCCCUCCGCUCACCCUCCCUCGGCGGCCGGACGGAGGGCAACUUGCGAGGGGCGGACUCCCCCACUCCUCCUCCGCUAGAGGUGCAGCUUAGCAGCCCGGAGCUGCGGGAUUCUGACCAACGUCAUUAAAACUGAGGCGAGACCGGGCACGGUGUGGCUCUGGGGUUAGAACGGGAGAUGGGGGUGGCGUUGCCGAGUCGGGAAGGGGCGGGUUACUCAAUCCUGGCCUGGAGGAGAAUGCUGGAGCGAGCACGCCGCUGAGAUGCCCCCGCCUCAGGUUUCCCCCAUCAGAGUUAAGAGGAAGGAAGGCUGUUCAUUUACUAAGCACCUACUGUGUGCUGGGACGCUGUACAGAGACCAGCUCAGUCAUCAUAGAAACCAUGAGGUGGGGUCGUGCACGAAAUAGAAGGGGAAAUGACCCCAGAGAAGUGGCUGUGACCCAUCCCAGGGCCCCUGGCCAGUGAAUGGUGGAGCCUCCGGCACUGACCAGCUGCCUGGCCUCGGGCAAGUCACUUCACUUCUCUGGGCGUCAGUUUCCUCAUCUGUCAAAUGGGGUUAAUAACAGAACCUACCUCGAAGAGUUGUGAGGCUAAAAAGGGUUCGUAUGUGUCAAAUGGUUAGGACAGUGCCUGGCACAUAGUAGGUGUUCAAUAAAUGCUAGCCUUUGUUACUGUU